CCCAAAAAAAAAAAAAAAACACCACAACCAUUGAAGAAAGAAGAAAGCAUCUUACAAAAACCCAAACAAAACCCCCUCUGCAACCACCAUUUCACAUACACACACAAACAAACAUGGCGGGCUCAGCAGCUACAGACAGAGGCAAAGAAGCUCUAGGAAUGAUGGCACUUCACGAGACCCUUAGAAACCUCUGCAUCAACUCUGAUUGGACUUACUCUGUUUUCUGGACCAUUCGUCCUCGCCCUCGGCUUCGUGGCGGUAACGGGUGUAAAGUCGGAGACGACAAUGGCAGCUUGAUGUUGAUGUGGGAAGAUGGGUUUUGUAGAGGAAGAGUUGAAGAAAUGGAUGGAUGUGAAGAUCAGGUUAAGAAAUCAUUCAGCAAAAUGUCUAUUCAGCUUUAUAAUUAUGGAGAAGGUUUGAUGGGAAAAGUUGCUUCUGAUAAAUGUCACAAAUGGGUGUUCAAAGAACCUUCAGAAUCUGAACAGAAUAUAUCUAAUUACUGGCAAAGUUCUUUUGAUGCUAUUCCUCCUGAAUGGACUGAACAGUUUGAAUCAGGGAUCCAGACUAUAGCUGUCAUUCAAGCUGGCCAUGGACUGUUGCAACUUGGUUCAUGCAAGAUUAUCCCGGAAGACCUUCAUUUUGUGCUUAGAAUGAGGCAUACGUUUGAGUCGCUGGGCUACCAAUCCGGUUUCUAUCUUUCGCAGCUGUUUGCAUCAACUAGGGGCAACAUUUCAUCACCUUCCGCCACCACAAUCCCGCUAAAGCAGCCCGCCAUUCCGAGCCGCACGCCACCCCUCUACAACUGGGCCGCACAAAGACAAAUGCCAUCGCCCAACUUUCACAACCCGGCCCAGCUUGGCUAUCCAUCAAAAGAUGAAACCCACAUGUUCCUCCUUCCGCACUCCUCAGAGCCCCAGAUGGAAAACAUGAUGGGCCCUGAUCACGUCCAAAACGACAUCAAAUGGCCCAACGGGUUGAGCUUCUUUAACGCGCUCACAGGAAGAAGUGAUGACACCAAGCUACUUUUUAACUCAGAAGGGCUUGGGAACAAGCCGGAGGGGUGGAACCCGAGCCCUGAAAUGAAGAACCCAAAUGAUUUCUUGAGUUUGGAUAAUACAAACUCGGAUCAAAAUGUUGGGAAAGUGGACCAUAAUAAGUAUAAAAGGAGCUUCACUUUGCCUGCAAGAAUGGCGACUUCUUCAUCAUCGUCUUCAUCACUCGAUCACCACCGCAAACACAACCCCAAUGGAGAAUUUAGGAACCCUGAGGCCUCAAUGUACUCUGAUGUAAUGGACACUUUCUUGGAGUGAUGUUUAGAGGAUUAUUAUUAUUAGUUAUUGUCAUUAGUUUGCAUUUCAUAGUUUGUUCCUUAAAAACACUUGUGUUUUAAUAUAAUGUAUGUUUCUUUGAUCUA